UCCUCAAAUGCAUGUUUAAACAGUUUAGUUAGUUACUACUAGAAACAUUAUACAUCUUUGCUAACAGAAUUCAAAGACAUUAGUCUGGAAAAUCAGCAUGCAAAGGGAUAUUGCAGCAUUUUUGAGAGUUCCUGAAAGGUUUGGAUCCAAAUGCAUCUGAGGGAGGAGGCUCAAGUCUGCAAAGGCUCAUGCUAACAACUUCUGCAAGAUCCCUUGGCAGACUAAUUUCUCAGCAGUGCUUUCUUCUUCAUCCUCUGUCUAGCUGAAAGUUUGUAAGCAGGACCUUCAUUGGGAGGAUAUCCAAGUGGGGCUGGAGAAACACAGACUUUUGGUGUCAGCUUGCAGCAGCAUGUCUGCAGUAAACUAUUCAAUAAGCGUUUGAGCUGGGACAAAAAUAGGAUUCUUCUUAGCUGAUCCUACUGCAGCUGUGUGUGCAUAACUACAAUAGGCACGUUAAACAGCAGCUAACUCCAGUGAGCAUGUAUGAACAUCAAAACAGAGGAAGGGGGCAAACAGGAUGAAAGUAAUCACUUGUGAAAUUGCAUGGCACAAUAAAGAGCCAGUCUACAGCUUAGACUUCCAACAUGGAACUGAUGGGGAAAUCAAUAGAUUGGCCUCCGCUGGAGUGGACACUACUGUUUGUAUAUGGAAGGUAGAAAAAGGACCAGAUGGAAAAGCAAUUGUGGAAUUCUUGUCCAAUUUAGCUCGCCAUACCAAAGCUGUGAAUGUUGUGCGUUUUGCUCCGAAUGGUGAGAUUCUAGCAUCUGGUGGAGAUGAUGCUGCAAUUUUGUUGUGGAAGCUGAAUGAUAACAAAGAGUCAGAGCCAAAUCCCUUUCAGGAUGAUGAUGAUAAUCAGCUGAACAAAGAAAACUGGACUGUAUUUAAAACCCUAAGAGGUCACUUAGAAGAUGUGUAUGAUAUUUGUUGGACUCCUGAUGGAAAUUAUAUGGCCUCUGCAUCAGUGGACAACACAGCUAUAAUGUGGGAUGUCAAUAAAGGGCAAAAGGUUUCCAUUUUUAAUGAGCACAAAAGUUAUGUGCAAGGAGUAACAUGGGACCCUGUAGGGCAGUAUAUUGCAACUCUUAGUUGUGAUAGAGUACUGAGAGUAUAUAACACACAGACCAAGCGAGUAGCAUUUAAUGUUACCAAAAUGCCAUCAGGCGGAGGAACUGAAGGAGAGGUGAAAAGUUAUAGAAUGUUUCAUGAUGACAGCAUGAAAUCAUUUUUCCGGAGACUGACUUUUACUCCUGAUGGCUCUCUGCUUCUUGCUCCUGCAGGUUGUGUGGAAUCAGGAGAAAAUGUAACAAACACUACUUAUGUGUUUUCCAGAACAAAUCUAAAAAGGCCUAUCGCUCAUUUACCUUGCCCUGGGAAGGCAACUUUAGCCGUUCGUUGUUGCCCAGUCUACUUUGAGCUGAAACAUGUAGUUAACAAAGAGGAAGCUUCCCAGAAGACUGGCCUAAUAAAUCUUCCCUAUCGUUUGGUAUUUGCUGUUGCUUCAGAAGAUUCUGUGCUUUUCUAUGAUACACAGCAAUCCUUUCCUUUUGGUUAUGUGUCUAAUAUACAUUACCAUACUCUGAGUGACAUUUCAUGGUCCAGUGAUGGCUCUUUCCUUGCUAUUUCUUCUACGGAUGGAUAUUGUUCUUUUGUGACUUUUGAAAAAGAAGAACUUGGAAUACCACUGAAAGAGAAGCCAGUUAUAAGUGUCAGGACCCCUAACACAGCAGAGAAGAAAGUGAAAAAGGGUCUGUCUCCCAGUGUUGUCUCCCCACCUCCCAAAGCAAUGGAUAGCACUCCUCCUAGUAGGGCUGCGGACUCUAACAGCCCAGCUGUGCCAUGCAAGACUUCAGUGAACAAUAGAGACUUACCCUCAACACCCGUUAUAGUUAGAAAUGACACCGUGUCUUCUCCAGAAAAGAAAAAGCCCAAUCCCCCAUCAAGCCAUAGUUCAAAAAUAAGCCAACCUAGGAGGAUUACACUUAAUACCAUACAGACAUGGAGUAAGACACCAAGGAGAGUUGCUUUGAUUCCUCUAAAGGCAGAUAGUUUGGACUCAGCUCCCUUGAAUCCAGUCUCUUCAGCAUCUUCCACAGAAAUAGUCCAACAUGAGAGACCGUCACCACCUGAGGACCCAUUGCAAAAUCCACCAUCACCUAAGCGCCUUAGAACUGAUGAUGUUCCCAUUUUUGACUUAAUGGAAAAUGAAAAGAAAGUAUAAAAUCACUGAAAUGCUGGAGUACUAUAGAAGCCUUGCCCACCACAGUACACUUGUGAAACACUUUGCCUGCAAGUUAAUACAUUUGCCAAAACAACAUCUUAAAUAGUUGUUGCUGUCCAGAGCCGUAUCUGCAUAAAGCACUGCUUUGUGGCAGGGAAGUUGUAUUAACCUUUGUCCUUACAUUCUAAGGAAAAUGUCAUAUUUGAGAGUCUGCAGUGUAUAUGUGUGUCUUAUUUCAAGAAUUGGUUGACUAAGUUUCCAUGGGUCUGUCUAGCAGAGCAAAGACUGCCUUUUGAAGAAAGAGAAACUUUCAUGAUUUAGCUAAUUUGUGUCAUGCAGUCCCACAGAGCUUUAUAAAACUAAUACAUUCUCUCCCUUUCAGAUUAUUCAUUUGGGCAGUGUUUACUUAAUGUAUUAUUCAUGUAUUAUUCAGAAAUAAGAAAACCCAAGGCACCCUCACCUUUCAGUGGGUGAUUAGUCUUUCAAAAACUUACUUGGUUCAGUGUCUGUACAGGUUCAUUCUGUGUGGUGUAAACAUGAAUUCUCACACUUCCACUGAUAUGUAUACUUCAAUUUUUUAAAAAGAUGUCAUGGUGUUGAAAUGGAGUUUUUAGCAUUUACAAAAGUUUCUAUGUUACUAAGAAUAAUGUGUACAUGUAGUGUAUAGAAUAAAACGUUCAAUAUUCA